AUGUACAAGUCCAUGCUGGAAGUCAUCGUGGCCUGGGUCCGUCAGCAGGGUAUUGCUGGAUCUGCUGCCCCAGCACUACGGGAGGUGCCCUUGUUGGUUCCUCUGGACCUUUCGCAGAUUGACUGGACGCAGCGAUCUGUCGAGGCAAAGCUGAUGACCCUGUUGCAAUGCAUGGAACAAUGGAGCUCUCCGGUGUUCGGUCAGUUUGAGGACAUUCCUCGCACUCGGUGGCUUCUUUCCUUUGCUUUACCAUACGAGAUGGAAUUUGAGGACUGUCAGAGUGAUGAGAAGAACCUCCGCUGCUUUCCCUUUGAGACACUCCUCAAUCAGCCGGAACCACAGUUGGUCCCUCUUCUUGUGUUUGAACAUCCAGCCUGUUCACGGAGACACAUUGGUGGUUGUCAAAAUUAUGGUCGCUUUUUGGGUACCCUACAUAUCAGGUCCCGUAUUAUAGUAGGGAUCCAACAAGGGACCAUGAUUUUUUACAACCACCCACAUGAAUUUGGUUCAAAAUCAGGGGGUUUUUAUGAAACUGACCGAGGCUGGCUACGCGCUUACGCCAAACAAACACAAGCGCUGUCAUCAUGGCUGGAAUCCCAGAAGCUCGCAUGUGAGCUAUAG